AUGGUGAAUCUCCGUAAGAAACGAGUCAACAUUGAGUUCUCUUCUCCAGCUUUGCGAGAUGCUCUGUCCCGCCCUGAAGCUUAUCCACAAUAUGGCAGUCUCUUCACAGAUCUUCAGAACAAACUCUUGUGUAUUGACUUUUGGUGCCUACGACUUGUCUCCCCUAUUGAAAACAGAGCUUCUUCUGCAAUUGCUCUCUCUGUCACACGAGAUAGACAUGUUGACGAAGAACCAUUGGUUAAUCCCGGUCGCGAGAUGGAUGCAGUGGAAGCGAUAUCGCCGGCUUCACAAGAGUACAAUCUUUAUAUGCUUGAAAACCUACAAUCAGAAUAUACAACGAAUCUAGAAAAAUGCAUGGACAAGAUGGGAGAUGGUUUUAAGAAAUGUAAUGAAGAUGUUAUUAAAGAGAUUCUUACAAAGAAACCUGUUUCUAGAGCAUGUUGUGUGAAGGUAGUAAACGCUGGAAAACAAUGCUACAUGGAGAUUAGAAAAUUGAUGUUUCAAUUUUAUCAACUUAAACGCUUUGCUUCUAAAGUUUCUUUAAGAACUAAUGCUGUCUGGGAUAGAUGCUUUGCUGAAGCUGUAAGUCCUCCAUCAUCUCACAAUAAGAAGAUCAAAUAUCUUGAUUAA